AUGGCUGACGACGCUGGUCGGAACCGUGUUAACGCCGAUGAGCGGGAGGCGGCUGACGUAGCAGCUCUUGGUCAACGAGUCGGGCAAGUGGAGCAAACACUCCACGAGAUCCUCAACCGACUUAAUGCUCUUGGGCUGCGUGAUCGAGGCGAUGCGGAUGAUGGUCGGGCGGAGAGAGUUGCACCCCGUGCACCUCAGUGUCUUCCUCGGAGGAUGCUAGUGAUCGAUGACUCGGAUGACGAUGAGGAACUCUUCAUUGAGGAUUUCCUCGAUUGGCUGUUGGAGGUGGAGCAGUUCUUCGAAUUCAUGGAGGUCCCUGAGGAGAAGCUUGUGAAGUUGGUGGCCUACCCGUUGAAAGGGGGUGCCUCAGCUUGGUGGGAUCGAAUGCAAGGAAACCGAGCUCUUGAAGGGAGAGGGCCCGCACGGAGCUUGGCCUUAAAGGCUAAGUUGUUGUUGCAAGAGCGGAGGAGUACUUUUCGGAAGAAUUUUGCUAAUUCGACUCAGUCACAAGACGACAAGGGGCGAACUUUCUUUCUGGGAUCUACAAGCAAAUCCGAACAAGGGAUAAAGGAUAAGGUGGCCGAAAGGCGGGCUGCACCGGUUUCCGAUAGUGUACGAAAUUCGAAUUCCUCCAAACAACAAUCAGAUCUCAAGUGCUACAAAUGCAAUCAGCCGAGGCACCGUUCAAGUGAUUGCCCUUGUAGAAAGACAUUGGCUGUAGUAGAGGCAGAAGAUGAUGUUGAAGACGUGCUUUGUAGUCCAGAUGACGAGCAAGACGCGGGAGUAUACGAUGAGGAUGAUUAUUCGCAAGCUCUCGUAAUAAGGAAGUUGAUGUUGGCCCCGAAGCAAGAAGAUGAGUCUCAGCGGAACAAGCUAUUUCAAACCCGUUGCUUGAUCAAGUCUCGUCCAUUUAUUGUGAUCAUUAAUAGUGGCAGCCAAGAGAACAUUAUCAGGAAGGCAGUGGUGGAGAAGCUGAAGCUGCCUAUGGAAAAGCAUUCCAAUCCAUACUCUGUUGGUUGGAUUAAAGCCGUGGGAGAGAUCCGAGUGAAUGAACGCUGCAAGGUGCCGUUUUCUAUUGGCCGCUACCGAGAUGAGGUGUAUUGCGACCUUGUGGAUAUGGAAGCGUGCCAUCUUUUACUCGGGCAUCCUUGGAAGUAUGACAACGAUUCAAAGCACUUGGGGCGUGACAACACCUAUCAAUUGGUGAAGGAAGGGGUGCGAUACACUUUGUUGCCUAUGUCUAAGAAGUCGAGCCCCAAAGCUGAUGUGAAGGGAGAUAGUACGGCUUUCCUGAUUGAGUCACAUUCGGAGCGAGAGAUGGAUGCGAAGUUCAAGGAGUCGGGAGAGAUGCAUAUAUUGAUCGUAAAGGAGCUGCCUAUUACUCAGCAAGAAGAGAAGACUCCCGAAGAAGUGCAAGCUCUACUAGCCGAGUUUGAGGAGAUUAUUCCUGAUGAGUUACCUCCGAUGCGUGAUAUUCAGCACCAAAUAGGCUUGAUCCCGGGAGCAAGUUUGCCAAACUUACCACAUUAUCGGAUGAGCCCAAAGGAGAAUGCAAUAUUGAAGGAGAAAAUUGAAGAGUUGCUGCGAAAGGGGCAUAUUCGAGAAAUCCUUAGCCCAUGUGCGGUUCCAGCUCCACUAGUGCCAAAGAAGGAUGGGAGUUGGCGUAUGUGCGUGGACAGCCGUGCAAUCAACAAAAUCACGGUGGGUUACAAGUUUCCUAUUCCUCGGCUCGAUGAUAUGUUGGAUCAGCUCCAUGGGUCAGCGGUGUUUUCAAAGAUCGACUUGCGGAGUGGAUACCACCAGAUUCGUAUUCGACCAGGAGAUGAAUGGAAAACUGCGUUCAAAACAAGGGAUGGCCUCUAUGAGCGGCUUGUCAUGCCAUUCGGCCUUUCCAAUGCCCCAAGCACCUUCAUGAGGCUUAUGAAUCAGGUACUCAAGUCUUUCAUUGGGCGUUUUGUGGUGGUAUACUUUGAUAAUAUCUUAAUAUAUAGCAAAUCAGCUGAGGAGCAUUUAGAGCACUUGCAUGAGGUUUUGCUUGUGUUGCGUGAGAACAAGCUUUAUGUGAACAUGAAGAAGUGUAGUUUCAUGAAAUCAGAGUUGUUGUUCCUCAGAUUUAUUGUGAGUGCUAAUGGUAUUCGGGUAGAUGAGGAGAAGGUUUGGGCGAUUCAUGAUUGGCCUACGCCGAAGUCAGUAGGGGAGCUAUUUGAAGUUGAGUGCGAUGCUAGUGGUGUGGGCGUUGGGGCUGUGCUUUCGCAAGAAAAGAGACCCAUGGCCUUCUUUAGUGAGAAAUUGAAUGAUGCUCGUCGGAAGUGGUCAACUUAUGAUGAGGAUUUUACGCCGUCUUCCAAUCUUUGA